ACGAGGAGGAGGAGGAGGAGGGGCUAAAACACCAGAGAAGAAGAAGGAGACUUUUGUAGCGGUGUAAAGCCAACUAUUUCAGCAUCGUAACAAAGGAAAAUAACGAAUAUUUUCUGCCACCUGAAGAAGUGCGGGGAGAUGCAGACCUCAUCUUACAAGUGACCAGAGUUCGCCUUCAUCGUUCAAGUCGAGGUUCAGAUCAGACCAGUCAUGGCCGCUCGACAGCAAAAACCCGCGGCUGCUGCAGAGGGCUCGGCAGAGGCCAAACGGACUGACCUCAGGGCCAACGAGAAGAAGUGCUCAUGGGCCUCCUACAUGACCAAUUCUCCAACUGUGAUUGUGAUGAUUGGGUUGCCUGCUAGGGGGAAAACCUACAUGUCCAAGAAGCUGACCCGCUACCUCAACUGGAUCGGAGUGCCGACUAAAGUGUUUAACCUCGGAGUCUAUAGGCGAGAAGCGGUGAAGUCAUACAAGUCCUAUGACUUCUUCAGACAUGACAAUAAAGAAGCCAUGGAGAUAAGAAAGCAGUGUGCUCUGGUGGCACUUCAGGACGUCAAGGCCUAUCUGAAUGAAGAAGGAGGCCAGAUUGCUGUUUUCGAUGCCACUAACACCACCAGAGAGAGGAGGGAACUCAUCCUUAACUUUGCGAAAGAUAAUGCUUACAAGGUGUUUUUUGUUGAAUCGGUUUGUGACGACCCUGAGGUCAUCGCUACGAAUAUUCUGGAUGUGAAGGUGUCGAGCCCAGAUUACCCUGAGCGCGACAGAGAAAGUGUCAUGGAGGAUUUUCUGAAGAGAAUAGAGUGUUAUAAAGUGACAUACCAACCUUUAGAUCCGGAUGAACAUGACAAGAACCUUUCCUUCAUCCAGGUCAUCAAUGUGGGUCGUAGUUUCUUGGUCAACAGGGUGCAGGAUUACAUCCAGAGUAAAAUAGUGUACUACCUCAUGAACAUCCACGUCCACUCCCACUCCAUCUACCUCUGUCGCCACGGAGAGAGCCAUCACAACAUGGAGGCUCGCAUCGGGGGAGACUCUGAACUGUCAGAGAGAGGGAAACAGUUUGCGGCAGCUCUGAAGGGUUUCGUGGAGGAGCACCGUCUGUCCGACCUGAAAGUUUGGACGAGUCAGCUGAGACGCACCAUCCAGACAGCAGAGGAGCUCGGAGUCCCCUACGAGCAGUGGAAGAUCCUCAAUGAAAUAGAUGCUGGAGUGUGUGAAGAUAUGACGUAUAAGAUGAUUGAGGAAACGUACCCAGAAGAGUUUGCCAUGAGGGACCAGGACAAGUAUCACUACCGCUACCCUGGAGGAGAGUCCUACCAGGACCUGGUUCAGCGUCUGGAGCCAGUUAUCAUGGAGCUGGAGCGGCAGGGAAACGUCUUGGUCAUCUGUCAUCAGGCUGUCAUGCGGUGCCUGCUCGCCUAUUUCCUGGAUAAGAGUGCCGAUGAUCUACCUUAUUUGAAGUGUCCUCUGCACACCGUCCUAAAACUCACCCCUGUGGCGUAUGGCUGUAAAGUGGACAUGUUUGACCUGGAGGUGGAGGCUGUCAACACUCACAGGGACAGACCAUUACUUUCAGGAACAACAUAUCCAGUCUCCCUUAAAAGUCCAGACACCAGAUGCAUCAAAGUCAAUAAUAAAGUCAGAGCAGAUGCUGUGCCGACAGCUUUCCUCCGGCGCAACAGCUUCACCCCGCUUUCCAGUCAAGACCAGAUUAAACGACCCCGCCUGUACAGCGAUGGCAACCCUCAGCCGGCCCGUACAUCCCAGGCCCCCAAUUUACCCAACAUGCAAUUUUCUGAGGCAUCUGAGGGGGCAGAGCUGCUACAAAGCGAGGACUCGUUGAAUGGUUUCAGGGCAGCAGACACAGACGACUGUGUUCGCAGUUAAAGAAGAAAAAAAUAAAGGCUGCUGAUGAAUCACCAGAUGUGAGGACCAGCAUUUAAAUCCCAACCAUCUUCAACCAUUACAUUAUUUGCAACUGUAUUAUACACCACAUCUGUAUAACCAUAUCUAUGAUGUCACUUUGGUUUGUGUUUUGAAAGGUUACAUGUUGUUAGCGUGAGUUUGCACGUGCAAACAUGAGCUCAAUGUCUUUGCACAGUAGCCUAAAAAUCCAGGCUGAGGUCUACCAGAAACAAACCGUACGACCUGUUGCAAAGAGAAAAGCCAUCUUUUAGUGCCUCCUAGCACACUCCUCAAACUGUACUCUCAAGUCAGAUGAUGCUGUAUUAGAUGUAGAAGGUGUUGAUGGUGAACUGCAUACCUCAUUGGAAGCCAUUGCCUUGAAGGAAGCACAGCCUUAGUUUGUUUUUCAGAUUCUCUUUGACUUUACUUAUUUAAACAUCCACAGGUUAAAUCCAUCCCUCUUGUGCAGACUUAACAAAUGUGGAAAUCAUUGUAUUUUUCAGCGUUCAUUUAAAUAUGUAAGUUCCAAAUUGGUUUUCGGUGUGCAGACACGGGCUUUGAAAAGUAAUGAAACGUUUUGUCUAGCCUUAAAAAGUGCAGCACCUACUGUGAUUCAUGUCUGUGAUACGGUUUUGCUUUUCCUACAUAUUUUUGCCUUUCACUCAAAUAACAGCUCUGAUAUAUCCAGCUAGCAUACAGUGGAAAUGAAAACAUUCAAACUUACAAUAACUGAUGCAUUUAUUUAUAACAAAAAGUGCUCAAGUAUUCAAAAGCAGUUCAUAUCUAUAGAGAGUAAACUACAGUACCUACCUAUACCAAAUGAGCUGUAUGAUAAGUGCUACCUUCAUAACAUCAGUAUAGAUAACAUCCAUCCACGUGGCUGUGAUUUUAAUAAUAUCAGGAAUAUAUUAAUCAUUUGGAAUAGUGCCUUUAUUCAAAGGACUGCAAGGCUGAUCAAAUACUUACUAGUAUGAGUAUUUAAAACAUUUAAGCCUGGGCAUUCAAUGCAAAAGAAUGUUUCACAUGUAAUGAAAGUUUUGGAUGUGUUGAAAAAGCUUUAAUGUAACUGUUUUAAACAAUGUUAUUAAUAUGUCAUAAAUGAGGUUGAUUUGA